AUGGAACGCGAUCUUCCGUCGGCACACCAGGGAACUGUGCAGUCGCCUCAGGACCCGACGAAGGCCAUUAUUGAACCACUUUUGGCAGGCCGUUCUGACAGUCCCCCCAAAUCCAUGGUAAAUCUCUCAUCAGUAACGCUAACAGACAUCGAGAAACGCCUUCUAUCAAAAGGACUCUGCUUCUGUCCAAGUACAACAGGAUUGAACAAAUUCCAACUGCACCCAGAUCUUGAAAACUUUGCCCGUAAACUGCGCCUGAGGGAAUUUUUCCACGAUAAAGAGAACUCCAGACAGACGGCUUCCCCUUUCAAAACAGGUUCCAGCUGGUCACCCCCUGAACACAGGGACCGCCAUCUCGAUGAUUACAUCCAAGCUGUGCAAAAGGACAUCCCCAAAGUAACGUUCAAAAAAGGACCCCCACGACAAAAUCUGUCAAGUGAAGAACGCAAACCACUCAGCGAUCUUGAGAAACGAAAGGACAUUGUCAUCAAACCCGCGGACAAGGGAGGUGCUAUUGUGGUCAUGGACACUGACGCAUAUAUUCGCGAGGGAGCCCGCCAACUGGAAGACACAACGUUUUAUGAGAGGCUUGAUUGCGAUCCCACACCAGACUAUGCGUCAAAGAUCGAGAGGACCCUAACCGACCUCCGUGAUAACAAAAAAAUCAGGCCUGAUACACAUAAGCAACUCCUUCCACAAUCUCCGAAACCUGGUCGCUUUUAUCUGUUACCCAGGAUUCAGAAGCCGGGCAAUCCAGGCAGACCCAUCAUAUCUGGCAACAACACAGUGACAGAGAACUUGUCAACGCUUGUGGACUACCUCAUCAAGGACAUCCCCCCCACCCUUCAGUCAUAUGUGAAAGACACCAACCAUUUUCUAAAGACCAUUCGCAACCUCAAACUACCUGAGAACUGCUUCCUUGUCACCCUUGAUGUAGCGUCCCUCUACACUAAUAUUCCCCACUCUGACGGCAUCGAGGCGGUCGUGGAAGCCUACACGAAAUCACCGUCGGACAGUCCCUACCACGUGGACAGCGCCACACUGAAGGUACUAUUGGAAAUGAUACUAACGCUGAACAACUUCGAAUUUAAUGGCCAACACUAUGUCCAGGUAAAUGGCAGAGCUAUGGGCACAAAAAUGGCCCCAAACUACGCGAACAUCUUCAUGGGUAAAUUGGAAACAUGUUUUCUGUCGCGGUGCCACAUCAGACCAUUUCUCUAUAAGAGGUAUAUCGAUGAUAUAUUCAUAAUCUGGGACAACACUGAGAGUUCACUACUGGAAUUCAUUCGGGGCUUCAACAACGCGCACCCCAGCAUCAAUUUCACCCACCACUAUUCGACCACAACUACGAACUUUCUGGACGUCACAGUAACAGUCAGGGACCAAUCACUGGAAACUAAGGUGUACCGAAAACCAACUGACAGUCAGCAAUACUUACACUUUAAUAGCUCACACCCCCGUCACUGCAAACUCUCUCUACCUUAUAGUCAAGCAUGCAGAUACCGGCGUAUCUGCACAGAGGACAGCGACCUCGAACAAAACCUAGGUGAUCUACGGCACGCAUUCACCGAUCGCAACUACCCUCCCGAUGUCGUUAAUGACGCAAUUGAAAAAGCUCGGCGUUUAGGUCCCAACCAGCCCACAGCUUCCUCAAAAACCGAUGAGUACUGCGCGCCGAGCUUAGCUUUAACCUACAAUCAAAAUGUAGCUGGCAUCGGAUCCAUUCUGAAACGCCAUCUCAAUAUUCUGCACCAAUCUGAACAUCUUCGGGAAGUCUUCCCAGAGGCUCCCAAGAUUGUUUAUAGAAGACCGCGAAACUUAUGGGACGUACUGGUGAACUGA